AUGAAUACUCAAAACACAUUAAAUAAUCAGGAAUGUAAUCUUGAAGACAUAUCUGAGGAAGAAGAAGCUCCUUCUAAAAGUUCGAAGGACAAAAAAGCGAAUGGUCCAGAGAAACAACCCAGUCUGGGUUCAUCUGCCAAGGAAACUGAGCUAUUAAGAGAGGGUUACAAUGUAGAAGAAGUCUGCAAUAGUACUAAGCAAGUUCCUGGUUUCUCAAAUUUGGCCAAGGGCAUGGAACUUUCAUCUGGUGAAGCAGAGAUCCCGGAUUCCUCAAAUUUUCCACUUGGCUCAGACUCCCAGACAAAAAUGGAAACUGACAAUUUACCCACUUCAGGGAAUGCAGCUAAGAAACCCUCAGUUAAACGUGGCAAGUUUCAUUGUGCUUUCUGUUAUAGAGGAAUUUAUUUUGGUCACAGUGUCUAUUAA